AUGGCCUCCCAACACAAGAUCCUCAACGUCGGAGUCGUUGGCAUUGGUCGCAUGGGUCAACGUCAUGCCAUGAACCUUUUGCGACUAGUCCCUAGAGCUAAGCUUCUCUGCGCUUGCUCCCCUGCAAAAGCAGAUCUCGAUUGGGCUGCUGUCAAUCUUGAGCCUUACGGGGUGAAGGUGUACAGCACUUUCGAAGAAAUGAUUGAGACCCCUGAACUCGAGGCUGUAAUCAUCUCGUCCAUCACAGCGCUUCACAUGCCCCAGACCAUUGCGGCAUUUGAGAAAGGCAUCCAUGUUCUGUGCGAAAAGCCAAUCUGCAACUCUGUCCCAGAGCUUGAAGACUUGUGUCGGCGUGUCGAAUCAAAGCCUGAAACAAAGGUAAUGGUUGCGUUCUCCCGUCGCUUCGACGAUAGUUAUCAAGACGCCCUCUCCAAGAUCAAGGAAGGGACAAUUGGAAGACCAUUCGUCUUCAGAUCCCACGGCAUAGAGAAAGGGGACCAGAGUCCGUUCUUCAUCCAGUAUCUUGCCAACUCCGGAGGAAUUUACUACGACACUGCGAUUCACGACAUCGACUUGUCGCUGAUGUUCCUUGGUGAGGACUCAGUGCCAAAGUCUGUGUCAGCAAUUGGUACAGCCGACAUCUUCCCAGAUCUCAAAAAGACUGGAGACGCCGACAAUGCCAUUGGGUUGUGUGAGUACUGGGAUGGCAAGAUCGCCCAUUUCUAUCAUUCGAGGAGUUCCGCCGUGGGAUACGACAACGUCACUGAGAUAUUUGGUACCGAGGGCAAGUUGACGGUCAACGCAACUCCAAGAAAGAAUCGUGUGGAGAUCGCUGCGAGUGAUGGAUUUGUCAAGGUUGAGCCGACGCCUUCAUGGUAUGACAGGUACAUCUCGGCUUUUGUGGUGGGGGCAAACGCAUUUGUAGACGCAAUUCUUGACGGAAAGGACCUGCCUAUCCCGUUGAGAUCAGCCGUUACGUCUCUCCGGAUAGCUGCGGGUUUGCAAGAGAGUCUACGGACGGGACAGAAGAUCUACUUCAAUCGCCAGGGCAUUGCCACAGGACCUACUCCACAGCUGUAG